CACCAACCCAUCUCUCUCUCUCUCUCUCUCUCUCCCUCUCUCUCUCCUUUAUAUAUUAAUCUUUCCACACCCUUCAAAGCCUCAGGGCUCAACCUCAAUCCAGCUCUCACAAACUCACACUCACUCAUACUGUCAUACAUACUUUUGGGUUCCUUUCUCUCUUUGGAACGAAACAAAACAAAAAACAAAACAAGAGGCAGAAAAAAAAAAAAAAAAAAGAGAGAAAAAGAAAAAGAAAAGACAAGAAGCAGAGGAGCUAGCAGCUAGCAAAUUAUGGCUUCCCCACCAGACACAAGCAAGACCAUAAAGCUAGAGCGGUACAACAGCUACCUCCGGAGAGUGAAUAGCACAAAGCUCCUCAACGCCUCCUCCAAGAUUUUAUUCCGAGCCACCCUCCUCAUCGCCCUUGCGCUCAUCUUCUACUUCACAAUCAACUACCCACCACUUUCCGAUAACCCCCACCAUGUCCACGCCCACCACAACUUCCUCUCCACAGCCCUCUACGGAAGCCGAUCCGGAGGCGCCGCCUGGGAGAAACAAGUGCGCCACUCGUCCACCCCGCGCCGCCCCAACGGCAUGUCCAUCCUUGUCACCGGCGCUGCAGGCUUCAUCGGUGCCCACUGCUCCCUCGCCUUGAAAAAGCGCGGCGAUGGCGUGCUCGGCCUCGACAACUUCAACGACUACUACGACCCUUCGUUGAAGCGCGCCAGGCAAGCGCUCCUGCUCAGACACCAAGUCUUCAUUGUGGAGGGAGAUUUGAACGACGGCCCAUUGCUCACCAAGCUAUUCGACGUCGUUCCGUUCACGCACAUCCUCCACCUGGCCGCCCAAGCUGGCGUUCGGUACGCCAUGCAGAAUCCGCAGUCGUACGUGAGCUCCAACAUUGCUGGAUUUGUGAAUCUCCUGGAAGUGGCGAAGGCUGUGAAUCCUCAACCGGCAAUCGUCUGGGCCUCGUCCAGCUCCGUCUACGGCCUCAACACCGAAAACCCAUUCUCCGAACUGCACCGGACCGACCAGCCCGCCAGUCUCUACGCUGCCACCAAGAAGGCCGGCGAAGAAUUCGCCCACACCUACAACCACAUCUACGGCCUCUCCCUCACCGGCCUGAGAUUCUUCACGGUGUACGGGCCUUGGGGCAGACCGGACAUGGCGUAUUUCUUCUUCACAAAGGACAUCUUACAAGGUAAGACCAUUGACGUGUACCAGACACAAGAUGAGAAGGAGGUGGCGCGUGAUUUCACGUACAUCGACGACGUCGUGAAAGGAUGCGUCGGGGCGCUGGACACGGCGGAGAAGAGCACCGGCAGCGGUGGCAAGAAGCGUGGCCCGGCGCAGCUGAGAGUCUACAAUCUGGGGAACACGUCGCCGGUGCCGGUCGGAAAGUUGGUGUCCAUAUUGGAGAGUUUGCUGAACACCAAGGCGAAGAAGCACGUGAUCAAGAUGCCGAGGAACGGAGACGUGCCCUAUACCCAUGCCAAUGUGAGCUUGGCGUUAAGGGACUUCGGGUACAAGCCCACCACGGAUUUGGCCGCCGGAUUGAGGAAGUUCGUCAAGUGGUAUGUCAAUUACUAUGGGAUUGAAUCGAAGAUAAAGAAGGCAAGCAGGAUCAGCAAUGAGCAUCCGGAAGAAUCCGAUUGAUGAUCGAUCUCCGUAAUCGAUCAUCACAUGGCCGGCCGGGUGACUUUUUGUUUUUCCUGUUGAAUUAAUUUCAGUUUCUUUUCUUCUUAAAUAUAUCUUGGUAAUUAAGUUAUUGUUGCAUGGGGAUCAAAUUGUACU